AUGGCCGAUGGCUACGAGGACCUGCGGGAGGACGAGCUCCCAGGGCCGGCCUACGAAGGCUACGAAUCCGCGGAGCUCGCCUGCCCCGCCGAGCGCAGCGGCCACGUAGCCGUCAGCGACGGGCGCCACAUGUUCGUCUGGGGCGGUUACAAGAGUAAUCAAGUCAGAGGAUUAUAUGACUUCUAUCUGCCUAGAGAAGAACUCUGGAUCUACAACAUGGAGACUGGAAGAUGGAAAAAAAUUAACACUGAGGGUGAUGUUCCUCCUUCUAUGUCAGGAAGCUGUGCCGUGUGUGUGGACAGGGUGCUGUACUUGUUUGGAGGACACCAUUCAAGAGGCAAUACAAAUAAGUUCUACAUGCUGGAUUCAAGGUCCACAGAUCGAGUAUUACACUGGGAAAGAAUUGACUGCCAAGGAGUUCCUCCAUCAUCAAAGGACAAACUCGGUGUCUGGGUAUAUAAAAACAAGUUAAUAUUUUUUGGAGGGUAUGGAUAUUUACCUGAAGAUAAAGUAUUGGGAACUUUUGAAUUUGAUGAAACAUCUUUUUGGAAUUCAAGUCAUCCAAGAGGAUGGAAUGAUCAUGUACAUAUUUUAGACACUGAAACGUUUAUCUGGAGCCAGCCUAUAACUACUGGUAAACCACCUUCACCUCGUGCUGCCCAUGCCUGUGCAACUGUUGGGAACAAAGGCUUUGUGUUUGGAGGCAGAUACCGAGAUGCUAGAAUGAAUGACCUUCACUAUCUUAAUCUGGAUACAUGGGAGUGGAAUGAACUAAUUCCACAAGGCAUAUGCCCAGUUGGCCGAUCUUGGCACUCACUAACACCAGUUUCUUCAGAUCAUCUGUUUCUCUUUGGAGGAUUUACCACUGAUAAACAGCCACUAAGUGAUGCCUGGACAUACUGCAUCAGUAAAAAUGAAUGGAUACAGUUUAAUCAUCCCCAUACUGAAAAACCAAGAUUAUGGCAUACAGCUUGUGCCAGUGAUGAAGGAGAAGUAAUUGUGUUUGGAGGGUGUGCCAAUAACCUUCUUGUCCAUCACAGAGCUGCACACAGUAAUGAAAUACUUAUAUUUUCAGUUCAACCAAAAUCUCUUGUAAGGCUAAGUUUAGAAGCUGUCAUCUGCUUUAAAGAAAUGUUAGCCAACUCAUGGAACUGCCUUCCAAAACACUUACUUCACAGUGUUAAUCAGAGGUUUGGUAGUAACAACACUUCUGGAUCUUAA